UCCUCUGAAGAACUUAAUCGUUUGUGGUUUGCGGCUGCGCACAAAGUAGUCCUACCCUCAAACCCGGAUGAAACCAACGCCUAACUUGUCGGUAGAAAAACGAUGCAGACUAUAAAAUGUGUAGUUGUAGGGGACGGUGCAGUUGGAAAAACCUGCUUGUUGAUCUCCUACACAACCAACAAGUUCCCCUCAGAAUAUGUGCCCACAGUUUUUGAUAAUUAUGCAGUGACGGUGAUGAUUGGGGGAGAGCCCUACACGCUGGGCCUCUUCGAUACAGCAGGUCAGGAGGAUUACGACAGGCUGCGUCCUCUCAGCUACCCACAAACAGACGUUUUCCUCGUAUGUUUCUCAGUUGUCUCCCCGUCGUCGUUUGAAAACGUCAAAGAAAAGUGGGUUCCGGAGAUUUCUCACCACUGUCCAAGCACACCUUUCCUGUUAGUGGGAACGCAAGUAGACCUGCGGGAAGACAGCAACACCGUGGAGAAGCUGGCUAAAAACAAACAGCGCCCCCUGUUCCCUGAGAGCGGGGAGAAACUUGCUCGGGAGCUCAAAGCUGUCAAAUACGUGGAGUGCUCUGCGCUCACGCAGCGAGGGCUGAAGAAUGUGUUUGAUGAGGCCAUACUGGCAGCGCUGGAACCUCCUGAGAUCAAAACGAAGAGGAAAUGUGUUCUCUUAUAAAGAGAUGCAGACGAAGAGGCGAAAUCACGGGGAAAGUUCAACUGAAACAUCCAUUUGGUAGGAAGGAAAUACGGACACACCAGAGGGGGAGGGAAGAACGGUGCCAUAGAGAUUUUAUUUUAUUUUUCGAACACGAGCUCAAUGAUUGUACCUUCUGAAAAAGGAAAAUAUUGCCUCCAACUGGCAAUAUUUGUUCUUUACUGAAAGCUUUUAGAAACUACUGUAUUCUCCUUCUGUAUUCAGGUGUCCCCUCUCCCUUUUCCCUUACUGCUUACUGUAACGAUUCUAUAGUGCAUUUUAUGUGUUAAAGGAGAUAUUCUUCUAUAAAGUUCCUCUUUGUGCUUUACUUAAGCAACAUGGUAAGACAUUUAAAGAGGCACUGAAAUGUGAAGUGGUACUUUUUAGGUUUUUUUUUCUGCCCUUAUUGAAUUAGCUAAUGGAAAGCCAAAGGAUUUAUCGUCAAUCCAAACAAAUCUGUCAUGUUUACUUCCCUCAAAGCAAAGUGAAUUCCUGUAGGGGUUUUUUAAUAUCUGAGUUCUGGGAAAUCUUCGUAGUCUUUUUUUGAUUUUAAACUUGAAUUUAUUUUGUCCUGAUGAUUUUUUAAAAAUUUGCUAGAUAACCAACAAUGAUUUGAUUGAUUUUUGAAAAAAAAUUAAGGUGUAAUAUUUUUGAUAAAACUCAGCCUUGAUAUUAGAUGAUGAAUCUUUUUAGAAAUGUUCAGGGUUUAAGAAAUCAGAGAAUAUUUUUAAUAAAAUCCUUUUUUUUAAUCAAAAG